AUGCGUCCAAGGCACAAGAAGGAGGAGAAGGGGAAGGAGUUGAGGGACGAGGGGGUGAAGGCCAUUGGGUUCCAGGUGCGGUCGGCCUCGGGGGCUGCGGGCACGGGCGCGACCAACCACCUGCUGGUCUACUCGACCCGUUCGUGCUGGCAGAGCUACGUGCGCCCCAAGGAGACGCUCGUGCUGGCGCUUGAGUGCAAGGCGCUGCUGUCGGAAGUCCGGAUUCUGAACAAGAACGCGUGCGCAGUGAGUGUGAGUGUGGCGGUGGAGAACCGACCGAGGUCCUAUGUCCAUGUGAAAAGAGUGGAGAAUUUACCGCACAACCGGGAGGUGGGCGUGACGCUGCCGUUCUUCCCCUGCAAUUUUGUGCGAGUCCAGCCUUUGGGCAUCCCAAGCGACGACAUUGAGGCCGAGUCUGGACCCUCACUGUGCACCGUGCUCAGUCAUACGACCGAGAAUAUCCUGUUCGGAUCCUCCUUACGUGCCAGUCAACCUUUCAUGGACUGCCUCAGCGACCACCACUCAGGCUCACCUGAGUGGAUGGCUAGACAACGUGGAUACCUGCUAGACGAGCGAAUAGCGCGAUUAGAAGCAGCGCUAUUCAAUUGA